AUGCAUUCAAUUUUCUGGCUCUCUGCUUUGGCUACCAUCGUUCCUUCUCUCGCCGCACCAGGUAUCGCUCCGCUUGCCAAACGCGAUGGCGAAAAAACUUAUAUUGUUAAAAUCAGCGACCGUGUUACCCAGGACGCCUUUAUUUCCAAAUUGCAAUCAGGCCUGCCUCGUACUUUGAACGUGAAGCACCGAUAUAGCACAAUAAACGCCGCCGCAAUAGAUAUGUAUCCCGAAGAGGCGUCUUUAGUUGAAAGUAUGCAAGAUGUCGAAGGUCUCGAGCCAGAUCACACCGUGUCGCUUUUGGUUGACCCUGUUCAUGAGCGACGCGAUCCAGCACCAAGUCAGGAUGGUGAUACUUGCCCUAGGCCGGUUUAUGAUGAAAAUGGUGGAAGUGGUGUAACCAUUUAUGGUAUUGACACGGGUAUCAAAGUCGAUCAUGCUUGUUUUGGAGGGCGUGCAAAAUGGGGCAAAUCCUUUGUACUACUUGAACCCAUGGAAGAUUUGCACGGACAUGGUACUCAUACCGCCGGAACUGCUGUUGGGUUGUAUUAUGGCGUUGCUCAAAAGGCACACAUUGUGGCUGUCAAAGUAAUCGGUGCAACCGGCAUAGGCAACAAUUCCGAUGUUAUAGCAGGGGUAGACUACGCUUGCACCGAGUAUAAAAAUGGCGGCUAUAAGCCUUCUAUCGUCACAAUGUCCCUGGGUGGUCCUCCGUCCGAGAUGCUUGAUGAAGUAAUCAAAAAAUGUGCACAGAUGGGUAUUCAAUUCACCGUCGCCGCCGGAAACGACAACGCGGACGCCAGCAACUAUAGUCCCGCCCGUGUUCCUAUCGCCAACACAGUAGGAGCGAUCGAUUAUUCAUGCAAGAAAGCCUCUUUCUCUAAUUUUGGCCCAACUGUGGACAUUCACUCAUUCGGAGUGAAUGUCGAGAGUGCUUGGAUAGGGUUAACCAACAACGACACCAAGACUAUAUCUGGUACAUCCAUGGCAACCCCGCAUGUUGCUGGAAUUCUUGCGGUGGCUAUUGCAAGACACGGGAAUAUGGACCCUGCGGAUCUCACGGCCGUGAUGAAGGCCAACGCCUACAAAGGAGCCACCGGUUUCCCGUCAAACACCACGACGGAUAUCGCCCGGCUGUGGUAA